CUCUAGACGCAGAGACAAAAAAACGAAUCGACGAUGAACAAUUUCCUGAAGGGAGGUGCUGCUUAUCACUCCCCAAAAUCUCCCCUGCUCACCGGAGGACACAACACCGGAGCUGCACGCGCACAAUGGACUAAAACCCCACGAGAGAGAUCAACAAUAUCAGCUGUGUAUCCCUCCGCUGGCUUCCCUUUGACAAAACUUUAAAAUAUCUGGAAUUCCAGCUCUCAUCACAUCCCCAGGUAUGAUCCAGAGGAAGGAGGUUGUGUGUUCCGUUCUGGGGGAGCUCCAGGAGGCCACGGAGAGCUCCGGCCUGGAUGCUCUGACCAGAGUGGCCCUGGAGGUGGACCAGGUCCUUGCUCCCUUCAAGCUCCCCGACACCCCCUGUCAGGAUUUCCCUGAGUGGGAAGGGGUGGAUAACACAGCUCAUGGCCUGUACCCUGCCGAUGCACCCACGGGCCUCCUGCCUCUAAACUGCAAGGGAGAGGGCAACCUGCUGUUUGAUGCAGUUAGCAUGCUGUUAGUGGGCAACACUGGACUCAGUCUGGAGCUACAGGUGCGGACAGUUUUGGAAAUGGUGCUGUGGAAGAGAUACUACCUUUCUGGAAUGAUCGAUUCAAAAAUGAUGCUUCAGGCCGUUCGCUUUAGUCUCUGUGCUGAAGAGUCUGAGGACAUGCUCAACCUGCCUGUAACUGUCUUGGAGGCCAUCUUUGAUGCAGAUGUCAAAGCUUCCUGCUUCCCCGGCUCCUACGCCAACAUGUGGCAUGUGUAUGCUCUGUCAUCAGUCCUACAGUUUAACAUCUACUCCAUCUACCCCAUGUUCAACCUCAAGAUCCGGCCCUAUUUCAACCGCAUCAUACGUCCAAGGACUUGGCCCAAUGACCGUGAGCCACUAACCCUCCACAUCAUGUGGUCUGGCGAGCUGCAUGACUCGUUGUUUCGACCAAACCACUUUGUGGCACUAGUCCAGACAAGUGACCUCUCAUCUGGAAGCCUUGACAGCGAGCAGACUGCGUCACCAACCAAGAGCGAGGAGCUGCUGAACCAGGACUCGCAGCUUUCCUACCUUGGUCUGAAGAACAAGUACAACAUCACCAAGAGGACCUACUUCCGCUGGAGGCAGACUGCGGAGCAUUGCAAAAAGUCAGCAGCCAGGUAUGAAGCAAAGUAUUUCCUGCAAGCCUGCUACAUGGAAGGCAAGCUUAUCCCUCUGCACCAGUUUAAGGAGUUUUUCCCUGAGAUCUCAAGAUCGUCCUACUACAACUGGAAACAUGAGCUUCUGAAAUCUGGAGGGACCUUCUCCACCUCAUCAUCCACCGGAGAGAUUAGUCCUGGAGAGAGCACGGAACAGGAGGCCUGGUCUUCCCCUGAAGCGAAGCAGGAUGAGCCGGACCACCAUGACAGCGUGGCCAGUAUGUUUGGCCUCGGCCUCGGCAAGCUGGACAUGGAGAGGGCCCAGAAUGUGGCGCACAUGCAGGAAGCUAAGCGCUGUCUGCAAAAUUGCAUUGCCAUGAACACCUCCCUCCCCUUCAGGAUCUUCAAAAGAAAUUUCCCAGGAAUCUCCAGAUCCACCUACUACAACUGGAGGAGAGAAGCCAUGCUGUUCAACGGUGGCUACAAAGGCAGUGCUGGCAGCAGUGAGGACAGCUCAGAUGUUGACAAGAGCCAAAGUCCAAAAAGUCUUUCGCCAGUACUCCUGAACACCAACCAGCCUUUUGUGCCCAGAACCAGAAUCUGCAGACGAAAACACAGAAGUUUCAUGCUGGCGUACCUGAGUAAAAAGCAGCUCCGGGAUGCGGCUAAGCUGCAUGUCCAGAAGUCCAAAUGGCCACUAACAAAGUUCAAGCUCAAGUUCCCAUCCAUGUCCCCUUGUUUCUACUGGCUGUGGCGUAGCAGGCAGAAUCGCAAGAAGAAGAUGGUCCAGCAGAAGACAGAGACCAACCUUCCAGACAGUCUGGAGAACACUGCUACAGAACACAAGAUCACAGAACAGAGGAUGGAUACUCAUGAGCACGUGCUCCCGUUUGUUGAGAGUCCUAAAUAUCUCGAAACCUUCCCCAUGCCCUCCUUUGACACCCCACAUUCAAAGCACACCCUUCACACCAAGGCACCCAUAGAUGACCAGAUCUUUGCCAUGGAUGUUGUUGCUCUGGCUAACUUCAAGGCCAAGGCCAAGCUGUUCCUGCAGCAACGCUUUGAGGAGAAAUCCUUCCCCACAUUUAAAGAAUUCCGGUCCUACUUCCCCUUCACCCCACGCUCCACAUACUACAUGUGGAAGCGGGCUCUGCAUCAUGGCGUGUCACUGGUUCAUGGGUAAACGUAUACACAAAAAUGGGCUUUCAGGGGCGACAAAGCUCUUGAAGAACUUCGCAGCCCAGGAAAACCUCACAUGGAUUUCACUGUGAACAUACUACCUACACAUUCAUGUUCUAAAAGACUGUUAAGUACACUGGUUUAGCAUUUAAAAGCAUUGAGUCCUUCCUCUGCCCCACCACCACCACAGCCCAUUCCUCUCUCCUGGACAUUUGCACAUGUGUGAAAAGAGACUGAGUUGUGGGUCAGUCCCUUCAGGCAAAAGGCAGUUCAAAGCGAGUGGUGUCUUGUUUGAAGCCAUUUCACCUCUGUUGUCUUUUAAUCCUUGCUAACAUUGUACUCAGGGUCCUUUUUAUUUUUUCAGUUUUUAAUUGUAGUAAGAUUGUUAAUGCUUAAAUGUAUGCUUUUUUUUUGUUGAUGCUUGUGAUGUUGAUCCGGGACAAUCCUGGUGGUAUUUUUUUAUAUAUACAAAGAGCAGCCAGUAUUUGUUGUUAGACCUGAAUUAAGUCCUUGUUUUUCAAACAUCCUCCUCUUUUUCAUUUUUCUACUUUUGAUUAUUGAAUGUCCACACAUCUUUUGCACCGAAGGUUUACAUGGUUGUUUCAACGUUUUGGCAUUUUUUUAAAACCUACUUUUUAAAAUGCCUCUUUUACUUCAGGUGAUGAGCAUUAUUAAUAGCUGUGCGUUUUGUCACACUGUAUUUGCACUAAAGUAGUUCCCAUGACACUAAUGAUUGUAUUGCCUUGACCAUCAUGCACCCAUUGGUUGAGUUUGAAUUUCCUAACUGUUCCACAUUUGAAAAUGGUUUACAUGGUACCUUUACUUGAAUAUAAAUGAAGAUAUUUAAUUUUUUUGUACGAUCCUUCAUUCCAAGAACUACCUAUUUCCUUGUUAUAUAAUGUGGAGUAUUUGCCUUUAUAAGCUACAUUUGUCUGCUGUUUUUCUGCUAAAUGAAGUCCUACUUCUCUCCACACAGAUUUUUGUAACAACACUAAAUAAUGGAUUCCAGCAUGUACUUGUGUAUUUAUUUUUCAUUACAUGUCUGAAAUUGGUAUGGUUGAUACUAGCGGCCUGCUUUAUAGUCAAGCAGUAGUAAGGGAAAUCUUUUCUGUUAGGCUGUAUAUCAAUAAACCAUCGACCAGCAUCAACCCUUUGCUUCCAUUUUGCUUGAAAAGUUCUCAAAGGC